AUGUUAACACAUCAGUACGACGACUCGGAGCAGCUACUACCAAUGAUUGGCAUCGUAUUCAUGGUGCUGACGAUUGUGAUCAAGUCGAUUAUGUGGGUGUUUUGUCGAAACCACAAGAACUCGAGCAUGCAUGCGAUAGCACAGGACUCGGAAAAUGAUGCCAUGUUCAAUAUCAUUUCGCUCGUGUUCCCGAUCCUCGGACAGUACUUGGGCAUCGGCUUGCUGGAUCCAAUCGGCGGUGCUGGAUUGUCUCUUUACAUCAUCUCCGAGUGGGUCGCCACUCUCGCAGAUACGACGGACAAGCUCACAGGCAAGGUCGCCAGUGCACAGGAUGCAGGCCGAUGCCUGUAUCUUGUGUCUAGGUUCUCGCCUGUCCAGGCGAUCUCAGGUUUUGAGAUGUACCAUGUGGGAGACAAUAUGGUCGCUGAAGUUGACGUCGUCCUGCCGAUGAGCUUCAAGCUCAAAGAAGCUCAUGACCUGGGUGAGGUACGUGUCAAAGAUGACAGCUUAAUUACAUGCUUGCCCCCACUUGUCAACAUGUACUGA